CUUCACGCACGCACGGGCCCACGUGGCCACAUAACUCUCCUCGCGCGAACGCCCAUGUAGAAAUACAGAAUGUAGAGGGAGAGGAAAAUAGCCUUUGAUAAAAGUUGAAUUCGGAGCUGGUGAAAGGCUCGAGGUUUACAUUCAACGGAAAGCAAAGGUUAUAUGGAGAAGGGUUGACUUCACCGUUGCUUUACUGCCAGGGAAUACCUGACACCAACUUUGGGAUACAACUUUACUAUGCCACCUGCUUUUUAAAAAACGGUCACAAAAAGUGUGUGCGCAUUUGCUUCCGGGUGCCUAUUAAAAGCUUCUAAACGCGUUUUCCGGUCUGUUGCUCACUUUCAAUACUUUGAUCCUUAGGAAACUUUUUAGAUCGUGUUCCCAAAUUGUCCAAAAAUACCACAAAUCUAAAAGAAAACAGCCGCGCGAAGGUGCCUGCUGCACGGGCUGCCCGGCACCGCUGCCCCGCGGUGUGACCUACGCGUUUUAAAAUGGUGCUUGUGCGGUUAAAAUUACAUUUCCAUCCUACAUCGCUCACCCACCCACUCCUACCGCUCCCCUAUUCACAAACUACUGCACAAUAAAUGGAUCUGUGGAGGAAAAAAAUGCAAGAAAGACAGAGGGAGAGAAGAGAAAGGGAGGAGAGAGAAAAGAGAGAGAGACCGAGGGGAGGGGGAAACGGCGUAUGCUUGUAUACAACCCUGAUUUCCAUUUUUUUCCCAACUCGUAAUGUAUUUAAUUCAAGUGAAACGUAAUCAUGACGUGUCGUGUCAUUAAUCUCCUCGCCGCCUCUCCCAUCCCAAAAACACUUGAUGAUGAUGAUUGACAGGUGACGCUUGUCGACGUCUCCCUCACUGUCACUGCAAAAAAAGCUGUUUCAUCUCCAACCUUCCUGGUUCCUCUGAACCCUCCCAGCUCAUUACUCCCACUAACCAGAGGACUACGUUUGGAUCCUCUCCCCUCAGUCAAGACAGCAAAGAAUGGCACAGCGUCACACACACUGCUGAGAAUGGAUUCCCCUCCAGAGUGUGUGUUGGCCCUGUCGUGUGAGCAGCCCCCCUCCCCGUCCACACUGCCCUCCCUGGACCACAGCCCCCUGGCUCCCUCCUCCCCCACCACCACCACCAACCCCCCCACCCCCCCUGGCAGGCAGGGGCCCCUGUCCCUGCCCGCCAGCCCCCUGCUCCCCCUGCACACCCCCGGGGCCUCCCCCCUGGGCUCCGACGCCGCCCACUACUUCCCCCUCUCCCCCUUCCCCUCCUUCCCCCCCGACGACCACCUCCUCCUCCUUCGCCACCACCACCACCACGACGACGACGAAGACGAGGAGGAGGAGGAGGAGGAUGAGGACGACGGAGACCCCCUCGCAGCGGAGGGGAUGGAGCUGCAGGGGGGCCCCCCGUCGUCCCCCACCCCCGCCGUGGCCCUCUUCCCGGGGGAGGGAGGAAGAGGCGCGCAGGAGGCCCUCGGCGGGGCCGGUCCGGAGGAGAGCUCCCCCCCGGACGUGGCCCGCACGGCCCCCCAGCUCCUGGGCUUCGGGGCCCUGGAGCUGGCCCUGGCCUCGGGGCAGAGCGGGGGGUCCGGGGGCCUGGGCUGCAGCAGCGACGAGCUGGACCUCCAGCUCUUCCAGAAGGACGCGAGCGGCGCCCACCCCAGGGUGACGCCCGCGGCGGGCGGAGCGGGGGCCUCGCCGGGCCCCGCCCUCCGGUUCCCGUGCCUGGUGUGCGGCAAGAGGUUCCGCUUCCAGAGCAUCCUGUCGCUGCACGCGCGCGCCCACAGCCUGGACCGCGAGCGCCGCGCCGCCCCGCUGUACCGCGCCGGGCUCCCCCCGCCGCCGCCGCCGCCGCCGGCCCCCCUCAAAGCCCACCUGACCCAGAACCACCAGGGGGUCCACGACCAACGGCCGCCCCCACCGAGCCCCUCCUCCGCCCUCAUCCAGCACCUCCGCGACCAGGCGGAGCCCGGCGACACGGAGGUCCUACGCAACGACAAGAGCUGCCUCAUGGGGGGCGCUGACAUCACACCCCUGACCCCCCCGCUGACGGAGGACGCCGUCACCUCGCCGUACUCCUCCGCCGCCGCUGCCGCCGCCAGCUCCUUCCGCUGCCACGCCUGCAAGGGCAAGUUCCGCACGGCGUCGGAGCUGGCGCGCCACGUGCGCAUCCUGCACAGCCCCUACAAGUGCUCGCUGUGCCCCUUCUCCGCCAGCCGCGAGGACGACCUCGCCGCCCACCUGCGGGAGUGCCACCCGGCGCCGGUCCCGGCCCUCCUCCGCCCGCCCUCCCCCGCCGCCUACGGCGCCCGGCCCGUCGUGGCCGCCGCCCCCGACACGCCCCUACCCACCCCGAUGCCCACCCCCACACUGACGCCCACGCCCCAGGUGUCGGCGGUGGUCGCCGCGGCGCCGGCGCCGGUCGCCACGGCGCCGGCCACGCCCGCGCCGGCCACGCCCGCCCUGCCGGCGUUCCGCUGCGACACGUGCGGCCAGCGCUUCACCCAGUCGUGGUUCCUGAAGGGACACAUGCGCAAGCACAAGGACUCCCUGGACCACAAGUGCCAGGUGUGCGGCCGUGGCUUCAAGGAGCCGUGGUUCCUCAAGAACCACAUGAAGGUGCACCUCAACAAGCUGGGCCUGAAGGCCGGCCUGGGGGGCCUCGGUGUGAGCGUGGCGGCGGGCCUGGACCCCUCCGCCGCCGGGGCCGUCAGCGGCCAGUCCCUCAACGCCCUCUACUCCAGCCUGCUGCUGGCCCAGCGCCGGGGGGCCGCCGGCGGGGGGGGCCGGGGGGCCAGGGGCCGGUCGGAGCGCGACCACGGAGGGCGGGGCUCGGUCCCGGGCUCCGGCAAGUCGGCCAUCCUGGGGUACCUGGGGCUGCCCAUGGACGGGGGCGGGGCCAGCUGCAUGGAGCGGCUGCAGGCCGUGGCGCAGGUGGCCGAGAUGGGCGGCGUGAGCGACCCGGGAGGGCGGCCCGGCGGGGUUACCAUGGAGACGACGGCCGCCGCAAUGGCGGCGGCGGCCGACGGCGGCGACCAGGUGGCCAUGUGGCAGCUGGUGGCCCGCAGCCUGCUGGCGGCGCAGCAGGCCCAGCAGAACCAGCAGAACCAGAGGAGCCAGCAGCAGCAGAGCCAGAGGGCCCAGAGCCGGAGCUCCGCGCUGGGGGACGCCGACCAGGUCAGGGCCUACCUGGGCGGGCUGGGCCCCAGGCAGGAGACGGUGGCCUCCGCGGGGGCCGGGGCCGGCGGGGGGCCCUGGGAGUGCCCCGACUGCGGGAAGCUCUUCAGGAGCCUGCAGCAGGUGGUGGUCCACGCCCGCGUCCACGUCCAGAGACCCCAGAAGGGAGGAGGAGGAGGAGGAGGAGGAGGAGGAGGAGGAGGAGGAGGAGGAGGAGGAGGAGGGCUCGGUGGAGAGGAGGGCGCUGGGAGCGGGAGAGCGACAGGACGGAGUGGAGGAGGAGCAGGAGGAGCAGGAGGAGGAGCAGGAGGUCGAUCCAAACCCCCCAGCGCCGGACCUCGACAGACAGGGUCCGCUGGAGGAUUCCACCCGGCCAUCUCCAGCCACCACGCGGGUGAGAACGGCCUGCCGGUGGCCCCCCCCGUGGCCAGUGGUGGCGGCUCUGCAUCCCGGGAGCGCGUGCGGGGUUCGGGGGUAAAAGACUGCCCCUACUGCGGUAAAGCCUUCAGAUCCUCACACCAUCUCAAAGUUCACCUGAGGGUUCAUACGGGCGAGAGACCCUACAAGUGCCCCCACUGUGACUACGCCGGCACCCAGUCGGGCUCCCUGAAGUACCACCUGCAGAGACACCACCGCGAGCAGCGCAACGCCCUCUCCACCUCCUCCUCCUCCUGCACCUCCUCCUCCUCCUCCGCCUCCUCCAACAACUCCCCCACCAUCGUCAACACCAUGGCCCCCUCCGGCGCCGCCCCCCCCCGCCGGGACGGCCCGGGCAAGCAGGGCCGCUCCCAGAACCACCAGGGGGGGCACCCGGGGGCCGGCCACAGCCAGGGCCACCGGGCCCCGGCCGACAGCCUGGGCCCCAGGCAGCUGCCCCAGCACCCCCAGCUGCAGCCCCAGCAGCAGCCCUGGCUGCUGGGGCUGCCGGAGCAGCGCGAGCAGCAGAAGGCCCUGGCCGCGCUGCGGGACGUGGACGUGGAGGCGCAGUACCGCUACCUGUCGGGCGUCAUGGGGGCGCUCUACCAGGGCGGCCUGGAGGGGGGCUGGAUCAGGGAGUCCCCGCCCGCCAAGACGCCCAAGGUGUCACGCCGCAAGCCUCUCACUACCAGCCGCAUGGUGCCGCCGCCGCCGCAGCCGCCGCCGCCGCCGCAGCCCAACGGGACGGGGGCUGACCACCACGGGGGCGAGGGCGCCGGGCCACCCCGGCCCGCGCAGGGCGAGGGCGGCGGCGGCGGCGGCGGCGGCGGCGGCGGCGGCGGCGGCGGCGGCGGCUUCGAACCGCUGGACCUCUCCCGCCGCACCUCCCCGGGGCCGGACGGAGCGGAGGAGGACGGGGGGGCGGGCGCGGCGGCGGCGGACCCCCUGAACCAGUGCCUGUUCUGCCCGUUCCGCACCUCCUCGGGGGAGCUGAUGGCCAUGCACCUGCAGGUCAACCACACCAGCAAGUCCCGCCGCAAGAGGGGCCCCUCCGCCCCCCCGGGGGACCAGGACGGCCCCGCCAAGCGGCUGCAGCGCGUCGCCCCGGACCCCAUGGCCAUAUGGAGGUACGCCAGCGAGGCCGGCGAGGACCAGGGGCCCCUCGGCGGGAGCCAGGCCCACAACGGUAUCUCGGAGGCCGGGGUGGAGCCGCUGGGCGGCAGGGGCCUCUACCAGCAGGGGGGGGUCCUGGCCUCUUUGUCCAGGAAGCUCCAUGGCAACGCAACGGAGCCAGAGGAGAACAGGAAGGGCAAUGAGGAAGAGGAGGAGGAAGAGAUGGAGGAGGAGGAGGAGGAGGAGGAGGAGGAGGAGGAGGAGGAGGAGGAGGGAGAGCUGGAGCCGCCGGAGGAGGACAGCAGCUUGGGGGGGUCGCCGGAGGAGGUGGGGUCCCCGUCGCUGGGGUUCGAGCACUUGAUGAGGGAGGAGGGGGGCGUGGGGGCGGACUAGGUCUGGCGUCAGGGAGAGCAGUGGGCGGUGGUGAAGGGUUUUUGAACGGAAGGAAGAAGAAGGAAAAAUGGCGGAACUGUAAAAGCGCGAUGAGAAGUGAUCAGGGGAACGUAGUGCUGCCUGAGGAUUCAUGUUCACAACCUUUUUAGGGAGAAGAGGUAAAACAAGGCCGGGCUAAAUAUUUAUGUUUAGUUUCCCAUCAAAUAUUUACUCACAUUAUGACAGUGUUGUCCUCACAAGGGUUGUCCUCACCAACAGUUAUUCUCACGUUCAGGACAUUCUACACUUUCCUUUUGGUCCAAUUGAAUUUUACCCCAAGAGGGCUCAUCUUAAGUUAAGGAAAAUGUCUGCAACAAACAUGUUAAAUGGUGCUUGAUUUCCCACAGCCCUUCCAGGUAAUACGGGCAUUUCAAAACACUCAUAAUUGAUGUUAUUGUUAUAAAUUAUUCAUUAUUACGGUUGACUGCUGUACUGUUAAAUGUGUCACUGAUUGUGACAUAGUCAGGUGCGAACAAGCAUGCCCUUCUCGAUUGGACAGUAAGCCACUGCUCUGUCAUAACGAACCGAACGAUUGGUUGGAAGGAAAACAGCAGAUGUCCUGAGAUUGGUAGGAAAAAAAGCAAGAAUCGUUAAGGAAUGUUUUGUUAAGUGACUUUCGAAAAAGCCAACCUCAGCUUUACUGUUCAGUAUUCUCUCCGCAUGAAAGAGGCGGCCAUGUUAAGGACGAUGACCUUCUUGUUCAGAUUCACCUAUACUGUAAAUCCUGACUGUGUUUGUCUUAAAAAAAAGUGUUUCUAGAAGUUUGAGAAGAAGUGCGUAGAUGAACGAGCAGUUUGUGUAGAUCUUUUUAGUUGGCUAGCUGUUAUAGUGGCUGUUAUCGUGCACCGUCGAGGGAGAUUGUAGACCGCUAUCGGGUCGACGCUCUGGUUGGAUGUUUUAUCUGAAUAUACAGUUUUAAAAGAUAUAAGUAUAUUGGACGGAAAAUGGUUCUUGGAGUGUUGUGAAUAGUGAAACUUUUAGAGCAUUAUGCGAGUUAUGAAAAACUGAAAAAAGACAAUGGACGGAGCAGCGCCUACCUGCGAUGGGGAGCUAAAUUAUUAAGUGUUGAAAGCGUGUUUGCAGUUUGAUAUCCAUCGCAACGGAGGUUGGCAGAGAUUCCUACGUUAAACGAAAUAAAAAAAUCCAAGCGUAACUAAACGAAGAACGAAACAGCGGAGACCAGCUGAAGGAAGACGCUGGAAUGUUUUCGCUGACGUUUAUGAUCACAAUGGACUGACACGCCCGUUUAAGAGACGGAAACUCUGACACGAGGAAGAAGACGGACUGUAAACAUGCAUCCAUGUCCCCGCGCGGGACUCAAACUAAACAUACUCUUGGUAUAAUCUAGACGAGUAGAUUCCCCUAACCUCUUGCUUUUAUUUGAAAAGAAAAAGACAAUGGUAGGAGGGAAAUCAUUAAAAACACUAACAGAAAACAUAGACCUCCCAGUAGAAUAUGUGUAGCUUUUGUAAAAACAAGAAAAAGAAGCAAAGAUGAAAAAACGCAGAAAAAUACUUUUUAUGUUUUAUUUUUUAUUUCAAGAUGCUUACAAAAAGAGGUUAUGAUAUAGUUAUUAUUGAUUUUUAUGUUUUUUGAGCUAAGACUAGUCGGAAUGUCGAUACAGAGCACUGUGCAAAGUUUUAAGUUCCCAAAGUAGAUUGUUCUUCUGUUUUGAUCGUUGUCUUUAUCGAUAUACCAAACUUUUAUUUUGAAAAUACUCACUUCCGGGGUGGCUAACAGUGAAAUGCUGUGUUUUGACCCUCAUUAACGACCAUGUUAAUCAAUCACAGUUAAUCAACCGAUGAAGCUCAAACCGUGGUAUCCAUACAUUUAAAAAUAGUACUUUUACUUUCCAUUGAAACGGAAAUAUUAAUGACAAUGCACUAUUAAUGUCGAUUAUCACCCUUUUAAAUAUACUGCCAUUCAAUAUCUCAACACAUUCAUAGAGAGCAUGUCGAGCAUCGAGACUCAAAGGCAUGUUCCUGAUGUUUGAGUGGACAUCGUCCUCCAUAAUGAAGAGUGAGACUCGGUGACUCCUCUCGCUAACUUCCCAGCCUAUUUGUUAUGAAGGGGUAGCCAAGGAUUGUGACCGCCGCCUUACGUGAAUCUGUCGUUGACUUAUUUCUUUCAAAUGUGCAUUAUUAACUAUUGUCUUUUUCUCGGUUAGAGCACCUUAAGUUGAGUUUAGUUUCUCGGUGAGACGUCCGUGAGUGGUGUCUGCUUCACGACUGCUGUCUACGCCGCUGUGCCUUCUGUCUCAAAACACUUCCUGGUGUAUAUUGUAAACGCUCACCAAAAGCACUUAGACUAUAUCUUUUACACACUCUUUGAUGCUCUCUCUCUCUCUCUCGCUCUCUUACUCUCUCACCAUUUCUCUCCCUAUCCCGCCUCCCCCUUUAUUUAGCAUGCUGCUGUUCUCUCUGAUCACUGCUGCAUUGACCCUCCAUCUCUAAUCCUUCUCCCUUCCCGUUGUCCUUUCUUGUGUUCUUCCCCACACCAUGUUCUCGAUGGUGGAAAUACCUUUUACAUUGAAGAUGAAUCUUCACCAAUCAGGCUCUUUGGCCUUUAAACCUGACCACUUAAUACCCACUAGCAUAGCUAGACAUUUCUAAAACAAUGGUUUGGAAAACCUUUUGAGUUCAAUUCCUAAUUCUACUACUUGCUUACUAACCUUUGGAAGAAAAGAAAACAACCAAAGCCCAAGUCUAAAGACUGAAAAUUUGAAUAUUUUAUUUAACUUCACAAGGUGCCAAAACACGUCCAUAGCGACUCUAAAAUGUUUAACCCUUUGGAAAUGCACAUGCAUCUACCAACUGUCUGGUUUUGUUGUCUUAAUUUAAUUUGAGACAUCUUACUUGCUACUCUCUCUCUCCCUCUCUGAUUCUCCAUCCCAAAGCUUGUCUGUUAUGUAUCUCUCUCUCUCUCUCUCUCUCUCUCUCUCUCUCUCUCUCUCUCUCUCUCUCUCUCUCUAGUCUGUUAUGUGUAUCUCUCUCUUUCUCUACCACUUUAAGGUGGCGCGUACUAUCUGGUAUUGAGGCCUUUAUUAGAGUUUUAUUUCAAUUUGAUGUGGUAUUCAUUCAAAUGCCGUUGAGAUGGGAAAAAGUGAUCCUCUUUAUAAUGAUAAUUGUUGUUGUUUUUAUUUUUGUUUUGCAUUAUGGAGAAAAACAGACAAAAAAAUACAAGAGAAAUGUGUUGUUGAAUGUUGUACAGAUAGCGCUAGAGACGUGUUUUUUAAAUGAGAGGAUAUAAACCUGGCCUGUGGUCGCCCCGCCCCUCUGACCCCCAGCUUUCUGUAAGAAUCAGAUAUGACUAAAACGGCCUGUCACUCACUGAUCGGUGAAACUAUGCGAAACACAGCCUGUCACCCACUAGUAAUGUAUCAACCAUUUAAUCAAAUGAUUUGAGGAACAAGUUCUUUCAACAACAACAAACAACUUGUCGAUACUACACAAAUACAUUUUUGUGCACGGCUGAUUUUAUGAUUUGACGACCAUUCUUGACAUUGCACCUUAUCGCUGUAUCUUUGGUCGCUCCUUUUCUUGCCGCCAAACGAUACUUUUACAAUCAAGUGCGUAUUAGAAGUUGCCUCACUAAUGAAAGUCGGUAUGAAGACUAUUCUGAGAGGGGAGGGGGACCAGGCUGGGUUUGGAGCUCUUGUGUAGUUGAGCGAGGAGAACUCAAUCUAACCUUAGUAGUGACUAAUAUUGUGGAAAGAUGAAAAAAAAACACAUUAGAAGUAAAUAAACACAAACAAAAUCA